UCGACUUGAACGUUUCAACGUGCAGUUCUCGCGCAAUGUCCCACAUCCCACUACGUAUACCAAGAGGAUUCGACGGUUGUCACAUGUCCAAUCAAUCUCCUCCACUUCGACUGGAUGAAACGGGCCGAUCCUUGCCAGUCUGGACGGUGAACCCCAGAGUCCCCGCUCGUGUGUUGGUCCGACCUUGUUUAUCUCCAAUGACCCUCGCACUCGCUCAAUCCUUCGGCCUGGACUGAUGUGACACGCCCCGGAGGCAUCGCCCAUAUCAUACACAGCAAGGCUCACCCAUAUCACACACAGCGAGCCAUCACCACCUCACGCCCACCACCAUGUCGACCACGCCCGACACCGCCCACGCGCCCUCGCGCAUCCCCACCUACCCGCUGGCGCACUCGUUCCGCCAGAAACCGCGGCGUCUCCCGCUCGUGCUGCGCUUCGCCAAAGGCUCGAUCCACAGCGCCAUCUACGUGCCCGUGGUGCUGCACUGCCUCUUCACCGCGCUCAUCGUCUACCUCGACACCUUCCCCAACGUGCACAUCAGCAUCCCGGCCACCAUCAUCCCCUCGCUGUCCAUCGUCGUGGGCCUGAUGCUCGUCUUCCGCAACUCGACGUCGUACGACCGCUUCUGGUCCGGCCGCAACUGCGUGACUUCCGUCGGCACCGCCGUCCGCAACCUCGCCCGCAUCCUGCUCGUCAACAGCCAAGACGCCCACGGCAAGUCCACCCCCGACGAGCGCCGCGACACCGAGCGCACCGUGCGCGUCCUCGUCGCCGUCCUGUACGCCAUCAAGCACAACCUGCGCGCCGAGUUCAACAUCCCGCCCGCGUCCCUCGCCGCGUCAAACACCUUCGCGUACCCCGGUGUCCGCGGCGCCAGCCGCCCCAUCUCGCGCCCGCUCUCCCGCCGCCCGAGCUACGUGGACCGCGCGCUGAGCAGCCCCGCGACGCCGACGCUGGAGCGCUCGCGGCCCGACCUCACCACGCCGCUGCUCGCCUCCACCGCGACCCUCGAGAGCACGGGCAGCACGCCGACGCGCAAGGACGAGUACGUCUCGCUCCUCCCACCGGGGCUGAUGGGCUACGAGGACCGCGGACUGGGCCUGCCGCUGCAGCUGUGCGUACUCCUCGAGUCGUACGUGACGCGCGCGUACAACCGCGGCUGGAUCAACGCGCCGCUGUCGUCGCAGCUGACGGUGCAGAUCAACAGCCUCGUCGACGCCUACGGCCGCAUGGAAACCAUCCGCACCACCCCGCUGCCCAUUGCGCAUCUGAUCCACGCCUCGCAGGUGCUGUUCCUGUACCUGUCCAUUCUGCCCUUCACCAUGGUCGACAGCUACGGCUGGUACAGUGUCCCCGUCGUGGCGAUUGUCGGGUUCACGCUGUACGGCAUCGAGGGCAUUGGCGUGCAGCUCGAGGACCCGUUUGGGUAUGACCGGAACGACAUCAAGAUGGACGGGAUUGUCGAGGAUGCGCGGGAGGAGGUGGUUGUGCUGCUGGAGGAGUGGCGGGAGAAGUGGGAGGGGGGGAAGGGAUUCGGAGGCAUGUUCUAG